AUGAAACAAAUAUCUUCUGUAAACAGCAAAGUGAAUGAAGUAACAAAUAAUCUUCAAACAGUCAACUCUAAAGUUGUAAAUCUGGAGACUAAUAUUUUAGUAGUAUAUAUAGUGAAUGGAGGGUCGUCACAACGCCACCAGAACAACAACAACAACAACAACAACAACUAUGGUAGUAGAAGUAAUAAUAAUUUUGGUAACAACCAGAAUAACAAUAGAAAUGAGCAGAGCAGAAAUGGUAACAUAUCCCAUGAAAAUAACAAUCAGGAAAACAGACACCACAAUAGACAGAAUAACUACCAGAUAAACAGAGCUGAUUAUGAUAAAACAUUUUCAGACUUCAUGAUGAUGGAAAUAAGUGAAGAUACUAGUAAAGCAGAAAAUAAUUUUAAUCUUAGUACAGAUGAUUUGACUAACUUAUUCGAUGAGAAUUUAUUGUCUGAAAAAGAUGUGACAGAAAGUAAGGAUCAUAUACCUAAGUUAAAUUAUGUUUAUGUGCUCACUGGUAAAAGUUCUAGUACUUCUGAUAGUGAUUGUGAUGUGAGGACGUGUGUAGUUGAAGUCAAGGUUCAUGUAGGUGCAGAUAAUGUUGCUAAUGAGUAUUUUUAUGCUGUUGAUGCUGAUGCUGAUGUUCAGUUGAUACCCAUCGAGGUCAGUAAGAUAUUACAUAGUUGUUACCGUAAGGAGGAUGAAGAUAAGCUAAUUAGUGAUAAGAUACUGAAACUAUUGGAAGAGAAUGAGAAAUCUGUAGCAAAAGGUGAUUAUUGUGAUAGUAUUAAAUUCAAAAACAAUAGUUGUAAGCUACCUUUAAGUACUUUACAACCUAAGUUAGGAAAUGAGGAUCAAAUAAAUGCAUAUUUAAAUUAUGUACACUCACACUUAUUUGAGAACACUGAUCUAGGUGUGAUGAUUCUGGCCAUUAAAUUUGGAUGA